ACAGCUCCCUGAAAUGAGAUUUAUGCAAACUGGCUGAAGUGUGAUGUCACAGCACGCUGAUAGACCCAAGGGCUAUCUGCCUUCUACAGACAUUUGAUAAAAUCAGGAACUUCGCAUACAACAACUCAGGAAAGAAGUUCACCUCAGAACCUACUGGGGCAAACCAUGAAAACUUGCUAAAGUCCUCCUAUCCUGAGAUCCACCAUUGCUAAGGGACUUCACAGAGUCCCUUUUUUCCUUUCUUUUUUUUUUAAUAUUCCUUUUUUAAAAUUUUUUUCUUUCCCCCUCCUUUUUUUUUUUUUAAAUAUGAUUUUUUGCAAGUCAGUUAUUCUGGAUGUUUGAAAACUGAAUUAAGAAAAAUUCACUCAGAAUUUGGCUGAAUGUUGCAAGCUUGCAAGAUGGAAGGAUUUCCCCUUAUUCCCCCUCCCUCUGAAGAUAUGGUACCCUAUGAGUCAGACCUCUACCGACAGCCCCAUGACUAUUACCAGUAUCUCAACAGUGAUGGAGAGAGUCAUGGUGAUCAUUAUUGGGAGUAUCAUCCACACCACAUGCACAGUGAAUUUGAGACCUUUGGAGACAACCAUUUCACAGAACUGCAGAGUGUGCAGCCUCCCCAGCUGCAGCAGCUCUACAGGCACAUGGAGAUCGAGCAAAUGCAUGUCUUGGAUUCUGCAAUCCCAACCACACACAUCGGGCUCAACCACCAGGUGUCCUAUUUGCCCCGGAUGUACUUCUCUCCACCUCAGCCCAGCUCUGACGAGGAGGACAUAGAGAGGCAGAGCCCCCCCUUGGAGGUAUCGGAUGGGGAGAAUGAUGGUGUGGACCCUGGGCCUGGAAUUAUGCAUGGAGAAACAGGCAGCAAGAAAAAGAUACGUCUGUAUCAGUUCCUUCUGGACCUUCUUCGCAACGGGGACAUGAAGGACAGCAUUUGGUGGGUGGACAAGGAGAAAGGUACCUUCCAGUUCUCCUCCAAACACAAAGAAGCAUUGGCACACCGCUGGGGCAUCCAGAAAGGCAACCGCAAGAAAAUGACCUACCAGAAGAUGGCACGGGCUUUGAGAAACUAUGGCAAGACAGGGGAGGUCAAGAAAGUUAAGAAGAAGCUGACCUACCAGUUUAGUGGAGAGGUGAUGGGAAGGGGGGCCACUGAUAGGAAACAUUAUCCUCACUGAGGCCAUGGGACCCUGAGCAAGAAAAAUAUUGAGAGCUCCUGGCUGGAUACCAGCAGAGGAGAUGGACGCAUCUUUCUCUUUGCUUCCUGUGCCCCCUUCUCUGCCUUUAAACAGCCUUUAUCAUCAGAUGUUUCUGGUACGAAUUCCCUUCUUCAGCAUCUGAGAAUCCUAAUCAUGACAGAAUUUUUUGCUUCCAUCCUCCAAGUUGGACAGAGUUGGGAAAUUUAAACAAUGUAUAAAUAUAUUGUUGUCAGGAAAGAUUUUUUUUUUUUUUGAUUGUAACUAAAGUAUACAGCCGAUGAAGUUUUGCCUCCAGAGGUGGUGCUGUGUCACUCACAGUGACACUGCGUUAGCUUCCAGCUUUUAAACUAGCAUUAAUACAGGCUCUGCCGCAGCUCUCAGAGCUAGAGAGAAGUUUGCAGAUCUUGGAAUGAUACCCGUUCUUUUAAAUGGUAAUAACAUGUACAUAUUUAAUAAAAUUAGAUAUAAUGAAGUUUUGAUCUUUGCAUAAUAAAUGAUUACUUCACAAACAAAUGUCACAUUCAGUCAUGCAUAUACAGCUCCUGUGUGGUGUCUGAAAAAAGGGUGCACUGGGUUGUAGGGCCUUAUCCAUCUGUAGCUACUUUUUAAUUUACCUAGAAACGUCAUCAAUGGUGUCAGACUCAGUAACAAAGGUAAGAGGUGAAAUACAUUACUGUGAAAGAGACUACAGUACUGAAGGAAAUUUAAAAAUACAUAUAUGUAUAUAUUUCUCACUAUUUUUUCCUGUGCAAAAACCCUGCCAGUUGAACAUUUUCUGGUCAUGUAUACCAAGAAUUGCAUUUAUACCCCCAUCCUGUUUAGAACAUAACAAUGAACCAUAUUCUUCUAUUGUUUUACUUAUUUUCCUGCUCCUGUUCUUUUGUCCUUCUUUCCCCCACAGUGAUACCUUGAUCCUAGCUUAUGAAUCUUUCUUGGAAAUAAGUUGUGUUUAAUCAUGUCUUUGCAGAAUUCCUGUACAAAAGAGUUUCAAGAUUUUAACUGUGGAUUUUAAUCCCUACUGUAAAACAAUUAACAGUAACUAAUAAUAACUGCACUGUAUAGAUAACACUCAAAAUGCAAAAUAAAUGAUAAUUCAAUGUCUGAGACACCAUGGUAGAUUUACCCAGUACAUCUAAACACAGAAAUUAAAUCAAAAUUCACGCAACAGUAAGAAAAUUAGCAUUUUAAGUUUUAACAUUAACAUAUCUCAACUGUUUCAAUCACUCAAAAGUCAGGAAAUAUGAUCAUGAAUUUCCCAAAAUAGAUGAGGUGAAAUGAGGCAGAACGAGAAUGAAGAGAAGGGGUUUUUUCAACAAUAUUGAAAUGCAGUACAGUAUGCCAAAUAUCACUAAAUAACUCAAAAUUUUUCAGAGCUUGCUCCUCACUGAAACCAGAAAUAGUUGAAAGUGAUGAGCUUCUUACAGACCUGAGUUCUCAAAAUUAAAUCUAAACACAGCCACACUGAGCAUUAACAAUCUCACUGUGGAAGUGAAAAGUCUGGUGACAUCACAGCCUACAGUGUCUCUUUGGAGCCAAACAAGAAAAAAGCUCCUGGUUAAAAAAGUACUACUUCCCAAUUCUUAUUCCCAGUUCAUGAACAUGGUAAAUACAUCAGACAGUACCAAAAAUUAGCAGUUAUCUUUCAUGCUUCUAAAGAUCUUGUAGUUCAGCUUUUAGUUACUGUGCUUUGAGGAUCAUGUGAAAUAUUUUUCAUUCACUUAGGGUUAGGAUAAAUCAAAUUAAGAAGAGUUUUUUCUAAAAUUGUACUGGAAGGAUUUUCUUCCUAUAGGAAAUAAUGUAAUACUCACUAAAUUGGACUUGGAUAAUUCCAUCUGCAUCUGCACUGAAGUUUCAGGAUGGAAGCUGAAGAUGUUGAAGGCAGCUCUCAGAAGACUAGAACACCCAACACUGACACAAUUUAAUUUCUUCCUGCUGAGCUAGAAACUCAGGACUUCUGUGCUUGGUACUGAUGAGGACUCUCCACUUCUGGCCUGGAAUUAAAAAGAGAUUAAAGACAUUUGCACUCAUCA